UCGCUGCGCUGCUGUCGGUGCGUUUACAAAUCGAUUUCAAUAAGUUUGUCGGUGUUUGUCGGGAAAGCUCAGACGAGGAAACAGACGCUAUCAGACGUUGCUCGCGAACGGUUGUAACGGUACCGUGAGAGCCGACACAAAACUUAUCGUUUACAUACGCGCGCGUAACUGUUUAGAACCAUUUUUGCCCAAAGAAGCGCAACAGCGGCACGGCGUGUAUAUAACGUUUUUUACCCAAGCAUAGGAAAAUUGCCAAAUGAAAGAGAAUGAGACACAGUCGACAGACGCACAGAAGACGAUGUUGAUUGAGUGCAUUUCGCGCGACAUUCCCUGAGAGUAACGGCCACAAAGCAAUUGAAAGAGAGAGAAAGAGAUAGAGAGAGAGCGCGAGACAACUAGUGAGUGAUAGUGGGCCAAGACAGAAAGCUGAGCGUUACAGCACCACAAGCACUACACACAGACACUGCAACCCCACCGAGUGAGCGAAACAGCAAAUGAACUUCAAUCCGGCCAGCGUUGUAGCCGCAGCAGCAGCAGCCGCCCACAAUACGCACCACACCCACCCCCACCUACUGCAUCAACACCACACGCACCCGCACCAUAAUCAGCAUCAGCCCCACAUAAUCCCACUGCCCAGCUACAGCAGCCAGCCAGCGAUAGUGGUGGGUGUGGGCAGCGGGACACCGGGACACGGAGGCAAUACAGCUGGCAAUAUUUCUCCAAAAAUCAUGGAAUGGACUAAUGACGAUGCCUUGGAGCUCAUCGAACAGUAUCGCUGUCACACAGAGCUCUGGAAUCGGGCCGAUCCCAAGUACAAGGACAAGUUGUGCCGGUUCCGAGCCUGGUCGGAGAUUGCCGAACGCUUCGGUUGCAGCAAGGCCGAGGUGGAGCGCAAGAUGAACGUAUUGCUCACCCAGUACCGGCGCGAGAAGCAUAAAAUGUUUGUGAAAAUCUACCAGGGCAUCCAGCCCAAUCCGUCCAAGUGGUAUGCCUUCAAGCGGUUCGAUUUCAUGGAGGCCGGCGGUGGCAGCCUCAGUGGUGGGGUCGGCGGCGGCUCCGGUGGCGGUGUCCUGCCCAGUGCUGGCAGCAACAUUGUGGCCAAUCCUGUUGCCACCUCAGUGGCGGCAGUGGCUACUCACAAUGGGCUCAAUGGACUGGCAGCCGCCGCAGCGGCAGCUUACGAGAGCAGCACUAUUGCGGCAGCGGGCAAUGGUGGAGCACCUGGACUGGGAGGAGGAACAACACAGCCCGCCAUGCAGCAUAGACGCAUCAAGACCAAAGAGCUGAAAUAUUUCGGAGCGAUGGGCCUCAACAUACCCAUGCUGAUAGCGAGCAGCCAGACGCUGGACAGCUGGAAUACGGCGGGGCAGUACUCGCCCCCGAUAUCCGGGUCCGCAGGCAGCGAUCGCGGUGGCAGUGCCGGAGGAGGAGUGGGAUCGGUAUCCCAGCAGCAGCAACAGCAACAGCAACUUCGAGUGCCCCUACCCAUGGCGUACGGAAAUGCAGGCACCCCCUAUGCCGGCGGUGGGCCGGGUAGCAGCAGCAGCGAAUUCCAGCCUAGUCCCCACAAAACCAUGGACACCUCGGAUAACGAGGACAACAACAAUAAGGAGGAUGCAGCAGCGGCGGCAGCACUGGGACAACUGGCAGCCAAAGUGGAACGACGCUCACCCCAUUCCGCGACAAGUGGAGGACCAGGCGGUGGCCCCGGCGGAGGAGGAAGCAGCAGUCGUGAUGCCAACGAUCCUGGUAGCGAUCCCGCAGAGCGAGGACCGUUGAGUGAAGCGGGAUCGAGUCCCAUUCCCAACACCAAUAUGCACGAGGCGCACAAGAAUCAUCUGCUAUCCAGCCCGGCGGCGUUAAGAGCCUCCACGCCCCGCCAGGCACACGAGCAGCUCCUCCAUCCGCACGUACAUCCGCAUCACCUGCAGCAGCAACAGCAACAACAGCAACAGCAACAGCAGCAGCAGCAGCAGGCGCCCCUGCAGUCCCAUCCACACCAUCCGCAUCAUGGCCAACAUUCGGAUGAGCUGGACAUCAAGCAGGAGCUGGUGGACUACUUUCAUGGCCCGCCCGUGGGUGGUGCCGUGACAGGAGCCGUCGCCCCACCAGCCCUCGAAUCGCAUCGUUCCUACAGUUCGGCGGGGGAGGAGAGCCGCCUGCCGCUGGACAUGGCGCAGGAUCUGCGAGUGGCGGCACAGGCCAAGGCCAACUUUGGAUCAUUUGUGCUGCCGCCACGCAGUGGCGCCACCACCUCCGCCACAGCCAUGCCCCUGAAUAUGAGGAAGCUGACAGCUGCCUCCAGUGCCGCCGGCCAUAUGCUGAUGAACUCCCUGCUCAGCUCAAGGGAGAGCAUGUCCGACGGCGAGGAGGUGGACAAUGAUGAGGCCACCGAAUCGGCCGCCAGUCCCGGCCGCGUGAAGAGCAGCGUUUCGGCCCAGGAUGCCAGCUCAGCUGCUGCAGCAGCGGCGGCAGCCACCGCCUUCUAUGCGGAAAGCCUGAGUCGCGACGACUGCGAUUUUGUGGGCUCCAAUGUGUCGAUGAAGCUGCGGACAAUGGAUCGCACGCAGCGUAUCAUUGCCGAGAAGCUGAUCAGCGAGGUUCUCUACUACGGACAGUUCAACGAGCUGGAGCGUACGGCACGCAUCCUGCCCAAGUGACAGUGGCGCCUCAAGAAGUGGACGACUGGGACGACCAAUACAACAACGACUGGGACGACGGGCGGGACACCUACAAUGGGUCUGGGUCUGGGUCUUGGUCUGGGCCUGAGCUACGGCACAGUGGGGCGGGGACGUUUGCGCUCGGAGCAUGGCAAAUAAAUGCAACGAAAUUCCAUUUAUAAAGAAAAUAGUCAAAGCGAAACCAACAAACAAAAUACAACAAAAAAACAGUACAAUUUAUUUUUAGUUUUUUUUUGCCAGGGGUCACCACCACCACACACCACUUGUACAAAGCAUUAAGAUGGAGGAGCAGGGGCAGCGUUACUUAGGGGAAAGAUAUACAUAUAGAGAGGUUAGUGGCAAGGUACUUGUACUUAGGAGAGCUGAACCUUGGGCAUCCAUCCCCCGUUUAAAGAAGCGAAAUAAAACAAUAAGCAAAUAAAACACAAACCAAAGUUACUUUCUAUUCUGUUCUGUUUUUGGGGACCCCAAAAAUUACACAAAUAAUAUACAUACAUAGAUCAUAUAAUAGGGUUAGAGUGGGUCGGGGAAACGAUAGGCGUGAGAACAUACCUGAGACAGAAUCUCAGUAUUAAAUAUAAAAUACAAUUUUACAUAGACCAUAGACCAUAGACCGCUGCAGCCGACGGAUGGCGGUACAGAUGAUCCUGUAAAGCAUUUUGCCAUGUUUUUAGUUAGAUAUUUGGGUACGGCUUUCGUCCACUUCUAGGCGCCCAAAGCAUAUGUACACCUCGCUCUAAGAAAUAUAAAUAUAAAAGUCUAUGCUAAAGACAAGGAAGGGAAUUACUAACAAAAGAAAAUAAACAAUAAAACUAACUAAUGUUCCGAAAGAGCUGAUUGAUGCAGAAAGGCACUUGUAAAACAUAAACUAUACACCAUAUAUUUUCCAUAUAUCUGUCUAUGGAUAUAUGUAUAUGUAAAUGGAAAGUAUAUAAUAAUAAUAUAUUAUAUAUCAUUGUACCUUAUUUUGAAACAGAAAUGUUUUGUUAGUCACAUAAGUCUGGUCGUCGAGAACACAGCAAUCCAAAACCCAAUAACAACAAAAA